AUGAAGUUUCUUGAAAUACCGGCACUCGAUGUCAUAAACACUGCAUUAGUGUUUGACACACCUGAAUGUAAAGUGUUCGGGCGAAUCGAAACUUACUCAUGCAAAGUAGCCGGAGCAGAUAAGAAACUGUACAAACAUUUGGAGAAUAGAUACCAAGAAGAUCUUUCUAAUUCGCCUGAGUAUAUACAGCAGGCUGUAUCUCCAUUCGGUCCGAUGAACCAACCAUCGUCGAGGAAGACAUUGUUCAAUCUGAUUGCGACUUUGAAUGCAUCGUAUCCUGAUUAUGAUUUUUCUGAUGUGAAACCUGAACAGUUUACAAAGCACCCAUCCUUGUCGCAUGUAUGCAAUUAUGUAAACAAUACGCUUUUUAACCUCGGGCACGGAUGGAUAGUGACUGGUUUGAAUCUAUGGCAAGUCACAGAUGACAUCAUCGAACUGGAUGAGUGCGAUGUCUAUUCGUACAACCCUGACAUGGAUUCGGAUCCAAACAUUGAAGAAGGUGCCAU